AUGUCGCCAUCUACCUCCCCCGCCGGCAAGCGCAAGCGCAGCGCCUCUCACCUUCCCGCGCCCGUCCCGAAGAACGUCACAGCUGACCUCCAGCCGUCUUCACGCGACGCGUCUGGCGAAGAAGGCGGCGACGACUCAACAGAGCCCGCCAAUGUCAGCUCCUACAGCGCCAAUGGCGCACGUCACUCUUCUAAGCGCGCCCGCAAGUCUGCCGCCGAUGCUACAAGCCACACCGAGGUAAAUGGGGCCAUCAACAAGGAAGAUCCGGGUGAGCCAUCUGAGACGACUGUCGCCAGCAGCGAUAUUGAAGGUGGUCCUCGGACGCGCCCCGGUUUACAUAUCGAUCUGCCCGAGGAUGAUGAGCCUGUUACAGAGGAGCAAAUGGCACCUCCGGUCUUUGGGCGCUUGCAGGAUCCCGUCGGUUACAAGACUAAUCCUCCCCCAACCGGUCGCCCGGUACGCGUGUACGCGGAUGGUGUUUUCGAUUUGUUCCAUCUUGGUCAUAUGAGACAGCUUGAGCAGGCUAAAAAGGCUUUCCCCGAUACUUAUCUUAUCGUGGGUGUUACUGGCGAUGAGGAGACACACAUGCGCAAGGGUCUGACUGUGCUCAGCGGCGCCGAGCGUGCGGAGACUAUCCGUCACUGCAAGUGGGUUGAUGAGGUUAUCCCCUGCUGUCCGUGGAUUGUGACACCGGAGUUCCUGGCUGAGCACAAGAUUGACUACGUUGCCCAUGACGAUCUGCCCUACGAGGCUGCUGAGGGUGAUGACAUUUACGGGCCUAUUAAGUCCCAGGGCAAGUUCCUGGUGACGCAGCGUACAGAGGGUGUCAGCACCACUGGUAUCAUCACACGGGUUGUCCGCGAUUACGACCAGUACAUCUCCCGUCAAUUCAAGCGCGGCGCCUCCCGUCAAGAACUUAACGUCUCAUGGUUGAAGAAGAACGAGCUCGAGAUCAAGCGUCAUGUCGUCGAGCUGCGUGAUAACAUUCGCAAUAACUGGACCAUGACCGGUCAAGAGCUCGGCCGCGAGCUGCGCCAGAUCUGGCAGAACAGCCGUCCUAACAGUCCCGCGCCCAGCGGCCGCAACAGCAUGGACUGGGGAAUGCGCGGGCCCCUCACCAGCCCUACAGGUGGCGGCAAGUCGCACCUGUCGCGUGUGGGUGCAGAUGUGCCUAAUCGCUCAGAUAGCCCCAUGGGCUCUCGCCGCAAUGAGGAUUUCGCUACUGGUUACAGUCUCGGAUUGAUUGGAGGUGUGCGUGCUUGGAUGGCCCGCAGUCGUCAAUCCCUCCAGGAUCACCCCAGCGGCAUGCAAAGUCCUACCGACGAAGAUCCUGAGUCCGAGCACAACAAUGGCUACGAGGAGGAGGUGCGUGGCCGUGCCGGUCACGUCUCUUCACAGUAA